GUUGUUUUCACGUUAUCACUGACGCAACUUUUUUUGCAUUUGUAAGCGUGUUUGCAGCAAUAAAAGUGUCUCUCUAGCAGCGAAAAUUUAUCAUAUAUUCAUCUUAAAAUUCGCUGCAGUUACUCCUUAAAGUUGUCACUAUGUAUUUUGGUGAAAUUAGUUGACUGGUAGUCCAUCAAGUCAAGUAACUUUCCAAGGAAGUAAUCACUUCGAUUAAUGUGAAUUGAAACUUACACUACACAGAUGGGUUUUAAAGGUUUUAGUGCUUUUAUAAAGAAAAAGAAGUCAUACUUCAAUGACAUCAAACUUCAUUCAUCAAAGUUGGUUGUGGACGGAAACAACAUUGCAAGUGUCUUAUAUCGUCAAGCAUCGCAAACCAAUUUUAUAUAUAAUGGAGAUUAUGAUACUUUUGCACAAUGCGUGUGUGGUUUUUUCUCCAAACUUCUGGACCUAAAACUUGAACUUUUUGUGAUAUUAGAUGGAGGUUAUGAGCUGAGGAAAUUAAAUGCUAUUCAAGCAAGGUUAUCACAUAGUACCCGAGACAUCAGUCGCCUUCGCAAAGAGAAAAACUCGGAUCCAUUUUUGCCCUUAUUAAUCAUGGAAGCAUUCAAAGAAGUCUUGCUAAGUAUGAAAAUCAAAUUUGCCCAGAGCAGGUAUGAAGCAGAUUCAGACAUAGUCGCAGUUGCAAGGUAUUUCAACUGCCCUAUUUUGAGUUCAGAUUCAGACUAUUACUUCUCUGAUGCUAAGUUCAUACCAUUUACAUCUCUGAACUUUUCUGUCACCUGCAAGCCUGAAGCAAAGGUUCAAGGUGCCUGCAAAUUAUUUCUGAUUGACUCAUUUCUGUCAGAUUAUGGAGGCUUACCUGACAAAUCUUUUUUAUCAUUGCUAGCUUUGCUACUUGGGGAUUACAUGGAAAUCAAACAUUUCAAGAAGUUGUACUUAUCCUUGUUGGAAAAUGAUGAAAAAAAAAACUUUAAACUAACUGAUUAUGAUCAAAUAUUGAAAAUACUAUUUACCUGGUUUUGGCAACUUGAGUCUUUGGAAGCUGCUUCUGUGAAGAUUGAAGAGAGUGUUCCUGUACAAUUCAAACGUUUUGUAAGGAAGCAGUUGCAACAUGUGACAAACUGUCAUAAAGAUUUGACAUCGAGUCAUAUCCUAGAUUUUUUUUGCAGCUUCAGUCGCUCUCCAUGUGAAAAAGAAUUGUGUUCUCGCUUUGAUUUUCUACACCUAGAUGGUGAUUCAGACACACCAAAAGAUUGUAAUUCAAUUGAACUGAUGAAUUGUUUAUCUCCCUCAGGAAAAUACAUAGAAUUGCCAAAAUGGUUUCUUGACAUGGAAUUAAGAGGAUUAUUUUCUCGGCAUGUCUCAAACAUAAUCAAUUUGAGAACUGUCUUGCUGUGGACACAGUUAGAAUCUUUUGAUUUACCCUCUGUACAUGUUAUUAGUUUUCCGAUUUUGAGAAUCAUUGCUGGUAUUUUACUUGGCACUAGUAAAAGAAAAAAAUCAGCCCCACUAACUUGUUAUGUAAGAUCUACAGCAAGCUGUGAUGUAGCCAUAGAAACUCUCAUCCCACUUUAUCCUUCAAACUCACUUUUACUAAACAAUUUACCAAAUUCACCACUUAAAUCCCGAAAAUUAAUAUUACUGAAUGCCUUGAAAGUCCCUAAUUUUGAUGAUGAAAAUAUUCCUCUUGAAUGGGCUGUCUUCUUUCUAAUACUCAUUUUUUGGCUAAAAAAUAGUGGACUAACCGUUAGUCAGAAGCCUUCUUAUUUUGGGGCUUACAUUUUGUCCUUUUUAUUGUUAAACCUGGCAGAUGAAUACCAAAUCUCUGACCACUAUAAUAAUGUUCGAGCACAAGAAGCCAAUAAAAUUGAACCAAAGGGGAAGGUCAAUUUGGAUCAAAAUUACUCAGUUCACUCACCUAGUGAAAGUAAUGCAAUAACAUCGCUCAAACAGCUUUGGCAAGAAACUCAUAAUGCUCCACACCUUCAAUCUAAUGCUUUUGAAAGUUUUAAACAAAUCCUUAGUUCUGAAGCUUCACAAAACAUGAUUGACAGACAUAUCACUCAUUACUAUGCAGAACUUCAAUCUGUUUUCCAAUUUGUCACAACUUUAAAUGCUGUUCUCAAUUUCCCUUACCCACAACCGUUGUUAUCAAAGUCCCUCUCAGGUACCUUAAUUUAUAAACUGAUUAUAAUGAUGAAGAAGUCCACAUCUGCGUCAGAUCUGAUGGAUUCAUUGCACAUUGAUUCUCUGAUAAAAGACUUGUUCUAUGCUAGUGUAAGAUUUGUAGAAAAUCUCUCCUCUUGUAGUUUAUUCAAUGUUAAUCUUUGUAUUGCAUCUUGACACAUAAAGUACAUCAAAGUUUUGUAAAGAAUCAAAGAAUUAAACCUGGAAAGGAGGAAAAAUAAACAUAAUCAAAGAAUUGUA